GUGCAGCACACAGCUCUCAUCCACAGCACAUUAUGCAGCUGGCUACUAGCAGCAGCAUCAAAAGAAGCAAAUGCUUGGCAGACAUACCCUGAGGAGUUAGUUAACUUAAAGAGAGUGGGUCUCUUAUCACUGGGCUCUCUGGCCGAUUUCCUUCACUGGUGUGUAAACCUGAAGCCAAUGUCAAAUUAAAGUGCUCUGACGCCAUCCUGGUGGCAAGCAGGGUAUAAUCCCAUUAAAUUCCUCUCCGUCUGCAAGCAAACAGCAUGCUGCAUCUUUCUCACUCCCUCUGUUUCUUACAAUCUGGGGAAGGAUGCAUCAAUAGCCUGCAUUAGCCUGGCAUUGUUGGAUAAAUGACUGUUAACAGACCCUCUGAGUUCAAUGUUCAAAGCCUCCAGCUGAAUGGGAAAUGAACGUGGCCGGGAAUCACCCUUCAGAACUGCUUGAGCGCCCUGACAGCCUUCUUGUACCAACUUGGACAAAAACUGGAAUAGCCCUGCUGUAUAAUGAAGAGACUGGUAAUACUUAUGACAUUCGACUAAAGCUAACAAAGGAGAUAUUAACAAUACAGAAACAAGACGUUGUUUGCAUCACUGGAGGUGAAUCCAGUUCAAAUCACAGAACUGUUGUACUUCGAAGGCAAGCUGUCGGGGGAUUGGGUCUAAGUAUCAAAGGUGGUGCUGAGCAUAAAGUGCCUGUAGUCAUAUCGAAGAUUUUUAAAGAUCAAGCUGUGAUCAUGGGACACCGAGUUCCCAAGACGGUUCUAUCGGAUCAAACAGGAAUGCUUUUUAUUGGAGACUCAGUGUUACAGGUCAAUGGUAUUAAUGUUGAAAAUGCUACUCAUGAAGAAGUUGUACAUCUUCUGCGGAACGCUGGGGAUGAAGUUACCAUCACUGUUCAGUACCUCAGGGAAGCUCCAUCAUUUCUUAAGCUCCCAUUAGGUUCUCCAGGACCAUCUAGUGACAACAGUAGCAGAACUUCCUCCCCACUCUUUGACAGUGGUUUACAUCUAAAUGGAAACUCUUCAAAUACAGCACCAUCCUCACCUUCCUCACCCACAGCUAAUGAACCAAAGUAUGAGAAGCGCUGGCUCGACACCUUAUCUAUCCCUCUGCUGAUGGCUCAAGUCUCAAGAUACAAAGCUGGAACCGAUAAAUUAAGGUUAAACAGCUUUGAAGUUCUUGCCUUAGAUGGAGUAAGCUCUGGUGUUCUUCAGUUUUGCACAGCAUCAGAAACCACAGACUGGCUGCGAUCAAUAUCAACCAAUGUCAAUGAUUUGACACUUCAAAAUAUGAAAAUGGCCAACAAGUGCUGUGCACCUGAUGACCAGAUUGUUCACAUGGGCUGGGUCUGUGAAAAGCUCCAAGGAAGUGAUGCCUCACAACAAUACAAGUUUAAGUUCCUGGCACUAAAAGGCUCUUUCCUAUAUAUAUUUAGCACCCCUCCGGUCAGUACAUUAGAUUGGCCACGAGCUGAAACAAUCCAUAACCUCUGUGAGGUUCUCUUUAAGGUACACAAGCUGUGGAUUACCGAAGAUUGCUGGUUACAAGCAAAAUUGUACCUUGGCCUUCAUCAGGACUGUGAGCUUCGAGACGAUAAGUCUUUCUGCUUCAGUGUCAUGGCUGGAAAUGGCAAGAAUCACUACUUCAGUGUUGAACUAGGCAGUGAUUUGGCAGUAUGGGAGAAGUCAUUCCAAAGAGCAAUUUUUAUGGAAGUACAGAGAUCAUUGUCAAGGACAUAUACAUGCAGCAGUCAAGGAAAGAUCCUACGUUUUACCAUUGACUUUGAAACUGGAUUCACAUGUUCUGACAACGUUUCUAAGAAUGUUUUGUGGAAAUAUAAAUUCUCACAGCUGAAAGGGUCAUCUGAUGAUGGAAAGACACGAGUGAAAUUCCUUUUCCAGAAUUCAGACACUAAGCAAAUAGAAAUGGAGGAACUAGAAUUUUCAGACCUAACAGCUGUACUUCACUGCAUACAUUCUUUCAUCGCCGCAAAAGUGGCAGCAGUGGAUCCUGUAUUUAUUAAUAGUCAAAGCAUCGCAAGGAAGUAUAUGUACAACAGCUAAAAUUUCUACUUUCUUUUAUUCUUUGGAUGACCUCUAUUUAAUCAGUAUUUUUUCUACAAACUCCUGUAAGAUAAUCAACAGAAUAACAAAGUAAUAUCUCUACAAUUUCAAAACCAGAGUACAUUUUUUCACUUUCAUCUUACAUAAUCUACUGCUAAGUAAUUUCAAGGUUUGCUGUGAUCACUAAUUCAUUUGCACCUAAUUGAUAUUAGUAUUGUAUAACACCACUUUGAAGAACUGUGUGUGUAUGUGUCAAUGCAACUCUUAAAAAUAAGCUAAGUAAAAAAAUAUUUACUAAAGUAUUUUUCUUGAGGUCCUAAAUGUGAUUGCAUUAUGAUUUAAGACAAUUGCUCUAUGAACAAGAAAGGAGAAUUUUUCAUUGCUGAGUUUUGACAUUUACUGGAGUAUGCAUUUAUUCAAAGGUGACAUGUGUUCUGCUAGAUUUAGCAGGAGAUAAAGUGUAUUUGUGUUCCAGUUAAAUUAAUCAAAUGCAUAAGCUCUUCAGUACUUCGUAAAAGACCAGCAUUUUCACUGGAGAUUUUUAGUGAUUGUUUUUUUUAAUUGGAAUCCCCAGUUAUUUUAUUCAUAGAUUUUCCUAAUUUCAAUUCAGAUUUUUUUCUUGGCUUGGCUUACAGCUAUGACCCAGAGAUCUGCAUUGGAGGACUGAGGGAAGAGUAUGUCUUCCUCUGAAAUAUGCACUUCAUAUCCAUCUGCCAUCACUCUGUAAGCCCCAUAGGGUCUCAAAUAGGUUUUGUUUGGAGGAAUGCUACAGCUUGCUCCAAUAAAAAACAUCCCAUAGCUAAGCUCACUUGUUCUCAGUACAUGGUAAUGGUACAUGGUAAUUACUGUUGUAUAGCUAGCUCUGUGUAAUAAGACAAUUUUCUUUUGUCACUCACAGACAGCUAAAGAUAUGGAUCAUGAUUAAAAUUGCUAAAGUACAGCAAUGCUGGAGCACUGCUAAAGUGGUAUAGAAGUGCAACCAAUGUUUUGUGUGAAUGUGUUCUUGAGUCAAUACAACAUUUGAUAGAAAAGCUCAAAAGUGGAGUGACUAUUUUUAGAUGACCAUUGUUGGGGGGAAAAAAACCUAGAUUUAUUUUUUGUCAGAUGCUUAUUUUGUCCAUAUCCUCAUCAUCAUGUGGUGAAAUUCAAUUAAAUUUCAAUGCCCUUUUAAUAAAAUAUACAGCAUAUAGAUUCAAUUCACUACAAUAAAUCAACAAGUAAAAUUAUGUUACAGUACAUGUCCAGGUCAAACUAUUUUCUUCUGUGACAACACUGAUCACCAGUGUAUACAAUAGAACACUAUAUUGCAAUGUUUUAACACUAAAGAAACUUUUCAAUUCUGUAUGGAAGUUCUCUAACAGUGGCCUAAUUUAUGUCUGACAAAAAAAAACAACUAAGUCAUUUUUUAGCUACUGAGUUUUGCCAAAUUCAGGCUUAGAGUUACAGGAAGGGAGAAUUUUUGCAAGUUGUCUUGCACUCUACACAAAAACCAUUAUAUUUUUGUAUGUUUUGUUUAAUAAGAAGUUAGAAUAGAUGAGAUUUCAGCUACUUCCAUCCUCAAGAAAUAUGAUACAUCACACAAGACACUUCAAAACUGGCUUUACCGAUGUGGCCACAUUAUUUAAGAUUUAAGAAGAAGACAUUAAGAUACUACACUUUAAGAGAAGUGAAGGUUAUUGAAUGGUUUGUGUGGAAUCUUAUGAGGAUGCAGCCUUUAAAUAGAAAUAAUACUGGUUUAUUCCAGAUCCAGUAUGAUAUACAGUACAAUAAAUGUUUUGAGAGAGUACAAUUUGUUUUCUAAUGUAAUAAGCAAUUCAAUGCAGCAGUUGGCAAGCAUGUUUUUUGCUAAAUGUACCAAAUUAUUUACAAACAUAUUUACAAACCCCAUGGACAUUCACAUUCUUUUAGGUUUUAAGGCUUCCAUUAAGGCAAGUAGUCUUUUGGUUGCUUCCACACUUUUCACACUUGCUUCUCCUGAUACACAGCAACCAUUGGGUAUUGCGUGCAGAAAGGGUAUUUCAAGUAAGCAGAAAAAACAUAAAUUAUAAAUACAAAAUGGGAAAUGGUAAUCUAGAAAGAGCCUUACAGUAGAUGUUUAUGUUGAUGUGCCAUUUUCUAAACAACGUGGGGAGGCAAGUAAAAAGGAAAACAUGCUAUUACAGUAUAUAUUAGAUAAAAGCUUAAAGUUUUAAUAAAGGGAUAUUAUUUUAAAAAAGUAAAAAUUACUGUACUGUAUAUAAUGCACACGUAAGACCUCUUUCAGAAUAUUGUAUACAAUUUUUGUACAAACGUAUUACAGAAAAGAUAUUGGAACCCAUCCAGAGAAUGGCAAACAGAUGCAAUAUCCCGGGAAUUCAGGGAAUGUCCUUCACUAAGAGAAGGGACUGAAUCUUUUUAGUGAUGAACAGAGAGGACUACAAGGGGACCAGAGACAAGUAUUAAAAAAGUUGAAAGUCAAUGACAAAGUCAACCCUAUUGGAUUUCUUCAGAAUGAACAGUGAAACACAAACAAGAGGACACAAGUAGAAACUACAUGGAAGUGCAUUUAAAACCCAGAACAGGAGGCACCUCUUUACCCAAAGGGUGGUGGGAGUACUGAACAAGCUACUGUGUGACAUCUUUGUAUCAAUUUACUACUGGCUACCAAAUGGGCUAGAAUGGCUUCUUCUCAUUUGUAAC